AUGCCCAUGGCUCUCGAGUCAUGGCUCACCGAGGUCCGCUCAGCCAUGUCCUCUGCCAGGUCGUCCUCUGGAGGUUCGGGGGCGCCACCGGCCGGGCCCAGGACGAAGCAGAGCACCGUCGGCAUCCUCGCCUUCGAGGUUGCCAGCCUCAUGUCCAAGCUCCUCCACCUGUGGCGGGCCGUUGGUGACGCCGCCGUCGCACGCCUCCGCCACGAGACCAUCCACCUCCACGGCGUCCGCAAGGUGGUCUCCGACGACGACCACCACUUCCUGCUCGGCCUCGCCCGCGCCGAGCUCGUGGACACGCUCAGGGCCGAGCUCGUGCACUACGUGGUGUAUGAAAAAUGA